AUGAAAUGUAGAGCGUUAAUAGAUGAGAAGAGCACCAGAUGGGAAGAGGAGCUGUUAAACAGAACAGCAUCUGUUGGAAUCAUUGUACUUUUCUCUGAAAGGAAUUUUAUUGAAAUAGACUUGAGCUUGAGGACUAGGGACAAGGACGAUACCGUUGCGAGCAGACAAACUGAUAGAGCGGAGGCCCAGGCCCGGGCUGAUGAGGACAAACUUUCGAGCUACGGGCUGGCCGACGUCCACCGACGGAUUCUCACCGGAAACGGUAUUUUCGCGUAUUUGGAGCAUCGAGGAAUAAGCGCGGAUUCUGAACUUGAGCACAGGCAGAGGCGAGCACGCUUAGCGCGAUAUUUGGCGUAUAGCGUGCUCCAAGGCACUUAA